AUGCCCAUCAAAUCACCCACCUCUACCGGCACCAAUAGCCACAACAUCCAUUUCAACCAAAAGUUGAAGAAUUUCUUCCGGAUAAAUACCUCAAACACCAAUGGGGAUAAGGAGAAGAGUCUCGAUCAUGCCUUAAAGUCAGAGGGCAAAGUUAGCUUCCGUCAAUCAAGGAAAUUUUUCACCAACGUCGGUAGGAUUAGAUCGACUACCACCGCGAGUGAGGGACAUCCCCUGGACGACGCUCUCAGCCCCACUGCCAAUGCGAAUCCAUAUUUCGCCCAUCAGGGCCAGCCCGGGCUCCGACAUCAUAACGAAGGGUCCGUACCGCCGAGCCCUCCCGACACUCCUAGUCUGAAGAUCCACGGUCCCGACGGCGCAAAGGAACAAGCCACGAAUGCUACAAAAGAAGAGUUGGCAAGGAAACUACGGAGAGUUGCGAGCGCACCUAAUGCUCAGGGUCUAUUCAACCAAGGGAAAGGAAGUGGGGAGAGACCGGCCACUGCGGAGCUUGGAAAAGAACCGUUGAUUCAGGGAACAAAUGCUGCCUCCUUAGGAUUCGUCGACGCCAAAGCGGCGCUCGCCGAGGCUGGAACGCUUGCCGUGCCCGAGAGCGAUGGCCUUGGAGCACUUCCUCCGCCGCCAAACCCUAAUUCACUGGCUUUCCGUAGGACAUACAGCUCCAACUCGAUCAAAGUCCGCACCGUAGAGGUCAGCCCUGCUAGUUUUGACAAGAUUAAGCUCAUCGGAAAGGGAGACGUAGGUAAGGUUUAUCUCGUAAGGGAGAAGAAGAGCUCCAGGCUCUAUGCUAUGAAAGUUCUGAGCAAGAAGGAGAUGAUAAAACGUAACAAGAUCAAGAGAGCAUUGGCCGAGCAGGAAAUCUUGGCGACGAGUAACCACCCUUUUAUCGUGACCUUAUACCACUCUUUUCAAUCCGAGGAUCAUCUAUACCUGUGUAUGGAGUAUUGUAGCGGUGGGGAAUUCUUCAGAGCGUUACAGACCCGCCCCGGCAAAUGUAUACCUGAAGAUGACGCCCGCUUUUACGCCGCCGAGGUUACGGCAGCUUUAGAAUACCUUCACUUGAUGGGGUUCAUUUACAGGGACCUGAAGCCAGAGAAUAUUCUGCUUCACCAAUCAGGACAUAUCAUGCUUUCCGAUUUUGACCUUUCGAAACAAUCAGAUCCCGGUGGUAAACCUACGAUGAUCAUGGGCAAGAACGGCGCCAGUACCUCGUCGCUCCCUACGAUAGAUACGAAAUCGUGCAUUGCCAAUUUCAGAACGAACUCGUUUGUGGGUACCGAGGAAUAUAUCGCCCCAGAGGUCAUCAAAGGAAGCGGACACACGAGUGCCGUGGAUUGGUGGACUCUCGGUAUCUUGAUAUACGAAAUGUUAUACGGAACCACGCCUUUCAAGGGAAAGAAUCGCAAUGCAACUUUCGCCAAUAUUCUCCGGGAGGAGAUACCGUUCCCGGAGCACUCCGGGGCACCCCAAAUUUCACAUCUUUGCAAGUCAUUGAUACGGAAACUUCUAAUCAAGGAUGAGACGAGAAGAUUAGGCGCGAGGGCCGGAGCUUCCGACAUCAAGGGACAUCCGUUCUUCCGAACAACUCAGUGGGCCCUCAUUCGACAUAUGAAGCCACCGAUAGUUCCACAUGCGGGUCGUGGGGUCGACACAGUCAAUUUCAGAAAUGUCAAAGAGAGCGAGAGCGUUGAUAUCACUGGUACAAGGCAGUUGGCUUUCUCCAAAGGUGUGCCGUUGGAUAGUGAACUGGCAACACCCGGCAACGAAGCCGUCGAUCCGUUUGAAGAAUUCAACAGUGUAACAUUACACCACGAUGGAGACGAUUAUGACAGCGACAGGUGA